GGAAAAAGCUCCCAUGGGAGCCUUGUAGGCUUCUUGUGGUUAUCAGCGGCAUUUCUAAUGUGCUCGUGGAUAGUUUCCUUACAUCUUCCCUCACUCGUUGGCUCAUUCAACACGUCCUUGUACAACGCGUUAACUCAUUCUCCGUGCUUCAAUAUAAACAACAUGAACUCUCCAAACCCAAGUUUCGAGGGCCCUCAGGGAGACGCGGAAGGGUCUUUUGAUUUCAAAGAUUGGUUGCAAUCGCGUCUACGAGACCAUGGGGACGAGGAGAGGAUCGGGAAGCUAAACGGGAGUGAAGACGACUUUCUGAGGACUCUGAGGGAAGUCUCCGAGAACUAUGGAAAGAAACGCUUGUUUGUGUGCUGCGAUGGUACCUGGCUCAAUGCUUCAGGAACAGUCGCACCUCUCUCCAAUGUUGCGAAGCUCGCAAGGAGCGUAGACCGUGACGGAUAUGAUCCGCUCGAGUUUAACCCAAACCUUGGUUACACAGUUGGUGGUGUCCCUCAACUGGUCUAUUACACCAGCGGUGUAGGGACGCGCUCCACCUUGAGCAUGGACAGUAGUAUCGCAGCAGCUACAGGGAAAGGCAUCAGUCAUGUCAUUCGCGAUGCCUACUGCUUUCUCAGCAAUAAUUACAACGGCAGAUCCAACAAAGAUGAAAUCAUCCUCGUGGGAUUCUCCCGGGGUGCUUUCACGGUCCGUUGCCUGGCUAAAUUCAUAAGUGACGUCGGCUUGUUGCGGCGAAGUGCGCUUCCCUUCCUCCCAGUAUUAUAUGAAGAUUGGGUGAAUAACGACGAGGAAUCACUGUACCAAAGAUUGAAAGGUGCAGAGGAUCAAUUCUAUGAGAACGUUAAGAUCAAAGUCUUAGCUGAGUGGGACCCUGUUGACACCCUAGGGGUUCCUUAUAUCUACCCAAGUAGAUUGGAACGCCGCAUGAAGGCAAGAAUUGUGCCGAAACAGGUCGAAAAUGCGUUUCUUGCUCUGUCUCUGGGCGAAAAAAGAAAGACCUACUGGCCAACCGUAUGGAAGGAGAAGGAGACGGGAACAACGACGGUCAGUCAGUGUGCCUUUUUGGGUGACCAUGGGGACGUUGGCGGAGGACACCCGGAUCCCGGCUUAUCUACCAUAUCCCUACUGUGGAUGGUAUCAAAGAUACGAGGUGCAUGCAAGGCAGACUUCCAGAUGUACGCAUUGUUGCAGUUCAACACUCCAAUCCUGGACCGCUCCUUUCAACUGGUUCCUUUCAGGAAACGACAAGUUAUCGUCCGAAACCUGGCGAACACGAAGGGAACCGUUCAUCAGUCAUCGUUCUGGUGGUUCUUACCACACUACCUUACGCUCCGUAUGCUGUUCAACGGCAGACGACGAUCUGUUGUUCGCAACCUUGCUGCACGAGCAUGCUACAGAAAUGAUGGAUGCAACUUGGAAGUACACCCAACGGUUCGCUUGCUUAACCAAACCCGUAAGUUCAGUACUGGUCCACUCCACAACUUGAAUGUAGUUCCAGAAUCACAGCAUGGCUACAAGUGGACUCUGAAGGGCGAUACACAUUUGCCAAUCUACGAGCAAUCAAUGUCUGAGUACGAGAAGAAGCUGUUGGAAAAUUGGAAGGUGGAAGCCCUUAUAUGGGAGAAGGGUUCAACAUUGAGGCCACGCGACAGUCUUGACGACGAUCGUCUCCGCAACUGGCUCAAUGAAUGGGAAGGCAUUACCAAGAACCCAGCUUGGGGCUUUGCAGUGGACGGACAUUUUAAGGAAUCGCUCAUCAAGGAAGUCUGUGACGGUCUGUGUGGCUAGUUGGGUUCUCAGCCUGUGCUAGAUGGCUGAGACGAGUGGUCGGCUGUUUUAUCUAGUAAUAAGUAGGAUAAAUUCAAGAAGUCCGUUUCUCAAA